AUGUCGGCCACAGGCACUUUUAGGGGCACUCCCAAUAAAACCAUCGGGAGAGGCAGGCUGCCAGACUUCGAGAAGGACUCGGCUACUUCCUCUCAUAUCCCCCGACCCCGACCUGACUCCUCCUCCGCCCAUACUCCCUCCAGCGACGUGGGAAGCGGCACUAUGAGCGCCGCCAGCAGCAGACAGCGACAGAACCAGUCGAAGCGGGAUGAGGCGAUCCGCCGCAAGAUGGAGGCCGACCUCAAUAAAAAGAGGCAUAACCCGACCAAGGCGAGACACGCCCGCAAGGCCCCUCCCGGCACCGUGCUCGCCCUGAAGCCCAGCCAUGCGCUCCAGAUCAAGCCCUCGCUCAGCAUCGCCGAGGCCGCCCAGCUGAUGGCUGCCAAGCGGGAGGAUUGCGUACUGGUGACCGACGACAAUGAGCGGAUUGCGGGUAUCUUCACAGCCAAGGAUCUGGCGUUCCGCGUCAUCGGAAUGGGCCUGAAGGCGCGCGAGGUCUCCGUCGCCGAGAUCAUGACCAAGAACCCGCUGUGCGCGCGGACCGACACGAGCGCUACCGACGCCCUCGACCUCAUGGUCCGCAAGGGCUUCCGACACCUGCCCGUCAUGGACGAGAACCAGGAUAUCUCGGGUGUGCUCGAUAUUACCAAGUGCUUUUACGAUGCGAUGGAGAAGUUGGAACGCGCCUACAGCUCUUCUCGCAAGCUGUAUGACGCACUUGAGGGCGUGCAGACCGAAUUGGGAUCCAGCCAGCCGCAGCAGGUUAUCCAAUAUGUGGAGGCCCUGCGUCAGAAGAUGUCCGGCCCGACCCUGGAGAGUGUUCUGGACGGCAUGCCCCCAGUGACGGUCUCGGUCCGCACCACGGUCAAAGAUGCUGCGUCCCUGAUGAAGGAACAUCACACCACUGCCUUGCUCGUGCAGGACCAGGGCUCGAUCACUGGUAUCUUUACCAGCAAGGACAUUGUCCUUCGAGUUAUUGCCCCCGGUCUCGACCCUGCUACCUGCAGCGUCGUCCGUGUCAUGACUCCUCACCCCGACUUUGCUCCAACCGAUAUGAGCAUUCAGGCGGCGCUGCGUAAAAUGCAUGAUGGCCACUAUCUCAACCUUCCCGUGAUGAACGAGGCGGGCGAGAUUGUUGGUAUGGUGGAUGUUUUGAAACUCACCUACGCCACUCUUGAACAGAUCAACACGAUGCAAACCCACGAUGAUGAGGGCCCCGCAUGGAACAAGUUCUGGCUGUCGAUGGACCACGAGACGGACUCGGCGGUCUCGGGCAGCCACAGCCAGCAGCCGCACACGCCAAUUCGCUCCGUCAUGAGUCCUGACCUUACUCGCUCGGCCUACGAUAAUAGCGUGAAUCCCAACGAGUCUGCGUCCCACCACGGCGGUGAUGAGCAUUCUGAAGUGGUCUCCCAGCAACACGGCGAGCACCACGACGAACCGGCUCCCUUCCCCUUCAAAUUCAAGGCGCCCAGUGGCCGCGUCCACCGAGUGAACGUUCUCACCACUGCGGGCGUUGCAGAUCUCGUGUCCCAGGUGACAGCCAAGCUAGGUCCCGAGCUUGAGGCCGUGGGCGGCGAAGCCGUUGUGGAGGAGGGCCGACUCAGCAACACCGGCUAUGCGCUCAGCUACAUGGAUAACGAGGGCGACACCGUUUCCAUCACCACGGAUCAAGACCUGACUGAUGCGGUCAGCUUAGCCCGCCGCACGCGCCGGGACAAGGUCGACCUUUUCGUCCAUGACCCUACUCACCCACCCAUCCCGACCACCUUGGAUCCCCAUCCGGCACCCGCCCACCCUUCUCCCAUUGUGGAGGAGCACGGCAGCCCCGUCGGGGACCACGCGUCGGAAGAGUCUAUUCUGAACAAGACCCGGACACAUCAGGCCUUCCCCUCGCAUUCGCCCGAGGAACAGCUUAUCUCGGGUGUCCCUAAUGACCUCCUGCUGCCCGGUGCCAUUGUGACUUUGGCCGCCGUCAUUGCUGGUGUCUUCAUUCUCAGCCGUCCCACCGGCCGGUAA